ACAAUCAAGUACAUUGGACUGUCUAUGGCUGGACAAUCUACUUCURCUCCAACGUUCACUGCCUGCAGCCCUGGCCUGGCACACGAGUGUGACGGGAACUCCUAUCUGAACAGUAUCUGUUAUCAGUUCAACAGCCAGCUCCAGAUCACCUCGAACUUCACACCUGCCUUCCAAGAAUGUACUAAGAAAAUAGUGGACCUCGUUUUCCUCUUUGACGGAUCAGGAAGCAUGACAAAGGAUGAAUUUAAUGAGAACAAACAUUUCAUAAACAAUAUCAUGACAACCCUAAAAAACUCCUCAAUCAAG